AUGAACGAUGUGCGAUUCUACAGUCUUGAUGGAGGAGUCACUCAUAAAGAUAGUGACUGGGCUAAUGAAUUUCGCAGCAGAGUUUUAGGGAAACCAUCAAUUAAAAUCAAAAGCAUUCAUAUCCAUCAUACGCCUGAUAUCUUUGAUCCUGACGAAGAUUAUGUUGGUCUAAUCGUCUAUUUAUGCGAUGAAAAAAAUCAUUUUAUUUUGAACAAUGUCCAUAGUCAAACUGGUGAUAUUUAUAUCAGGAGAUCGAGUUGGAUCUUCGACAAUACACCGAAGAGACGAAAACGCAAAGCUUAUGUGCAUGGUCGAUUAUUUUAUUCAAUAUUUCGCUGCUGGAAAAAGAAGAAGAUGAAUUUCGUUGGUGCUGGUUUCUCAUAUUGUAAGGGCACAUGGAAAUUUAAUUCUAGGACAUUAAACACUAUGAGCCCAAAUAAUAAUGAUGACACAUAUCAUAAUACCGAUAGAAAAUUGAGUAUUUCUGAAGAAAGAAUCAUCCGAACGAUGUGUUGUUAUUUCUAUAUAAAUCAUGAAUGGCUAGCAAUGCCACCUGAAGAACGUAUUCCUUUUCAUGCCUUGAAACAACUAGGGCUAACAGAAGAAAAAUCACAAAUAUCUGGAAGAGUAAACGAUAUCUCUGAAGUGGAUCCAGACAGGCGGCUACGUGGAAAAGUAAUAUGGUUUGAUGUCCAGAAAGGUUACGGAUUCAUUGAUGUUACUGGCUUUCAAGUAGGCAUGUUCGUGCAUUGGACAGCCAUUGAUGGUAUGACACGUAGACGAGCUUUUUUAAAGCAUGGUGAAGAUGUUGAAUUUCACGUUGUUCAAAGCGAUCGAGGAUGGAAAACUCGAAAAUUGACAAGACUCAAGCCUUAA